AAGUAACUCAAUUUUUUUGAGAAAUUUCAUUUCAUUCUUUACCUAGUGAUGAUCAUUCAUCAGAAAGGAAGAAUGAAAGACAUUAGAUAUUCAUCUAAUGUGAUGGCCAACAAAAUGUCGAUCCUUGUGUAUGUUUGUUCAAUUUUGUUUGCAAGCUGCGGCACAGAAGCAUUCAUCGGCAUGACUUGGGGAAGGCAGAGCGCUCAGAGGCUGGUUCCCUCACAGGUGGUUGACUUGAUGUUGCAGAACGGAAUACGGAACACCAGAAUCUAUUCCUCGGAGAAUGAUAUUCUGGAGGCAUUUGUCGACAGCGGGAUCGAGCUUACCAUCUCCUUGCACAAAGGCGUCCCCUUGUUCCUUGAUUUGGCCGGUGCCAGAAUUUGGGUCCGGAAUAAAUCUAAAUAUCUGAAGAGUUGUAGUAUAAGGCAGGUGAUCAUCGGAAGCUACGUAUUCACGAGCGGACUGAGGGACAAGGCCGCCAUUGAAAUGACGAUGGUGGCGAUGAGGAAUUUGCAGGAGGCUCUGAGGGAGGUGGGAUACGAUGGGAUUACGGUGAACCUCGUGCAUAUUCAAAACAUGUUGAAACCCAACAUCACGAGGCCAUCCGCCGCCGACUUCUCCGACGAAAUCAGGGGCGACAUGAUUAAGUUUGUCCGGCACCUGCAGGAACACAAGGCCCCCUUCCUACUGGAUACCUUCCCGAUCCUCGACGCCAGGCGCAACUACUUCAACUUCAGCUUCGCCUUCAUGGACAACACCGGCAUUGCCAUCAAGGACAUCAACGGGGCUGUGUACACCAACGUCUUCGAGUUCACGUACGACUCCAUCGUGUGGGCGCUGACCAAGAUCAACGCCUCGGACGUGAAGGUGGUGGUGACUCAGGUGGGGUGGCCGACGGACGGGCAUGUGGGGGCCACGGCGGCCAAUGCGGAGCGGUUCUACAGGCACCUGUUGCCGCGGGUGGCGGGCAACAAGGGCACCCCGAUGCGGCCGGGGGCUCCCCUGGACAUCUUCGUGCACUCCCUGGCGGACGAGACGAAGAUGUAUUAUGCGGACCCGUUCACGCGGCACUGGGGGGUGUACCGAUCGAACGGGCAGCCCAAGUACAGGAUAGACCUGUCGGGGCGGGGGCGGAACGUGUACCCGGUGAGGAUGGGGGGGAUCAUGCGGAUGCCGGGGAGGUGGUGCAUCUUCAACGGGAACAAGACGAAUAUAUUUUACGUGAGGAGUCAGUUGGAGGCGGCGUGCCUCAAGGGGGACUGCAGCAGCACGACCAUAGGAGGGUCGUGCAGCCAGCUGAGCUUCGAGCAGAAUGUAUCGUAUGCGUUCAACAUGGUAUUCCAGUUCAAGUUUCAGGACGAGAGAUCCUGCGAUUUUGGGGGGCUUGCAAGGGUGUCCGUCAGGGAUCCCUCGACGGGGGAAUGCGUCUUCCCCGUCGAGGUCGUCGAAGGCCAGCAACUCAACUUUUACUUGCCCACUUAAUUAAUCACACUUUCAAUUUUGUACUCUAUUUUUCUCAUCUUGUGGGGGAACUCAUCACUGCCACUUUGCUUGCAACCAAAUUUCUUGUAAAUAAAUACCCAUAGAAUCAAUGUGAUCGUCAUUUUGCCAAUUGCUGCUACUC